ACGAGCAUCUCUAAUUAUGAAGGGAGUAGUGAAGCUAAAAUCGUUUUCCGGCCAUUGUGAAAUAAAUUGCCUAUAAGAAAAGAGGACGCACUUGCUCAUAGCUCAGUAUUAGAGAUAUGGAGAGUGAGAAUAUAGAAAGAAGCACUGGAGAAGGUGCCGAGUCUGCACCAGUGAAUGACUCAUCGCCGUCGUUGAAUAUUUUAUGUGCAAUUUGCAAUGAGUUUUUCCGGUCAAACGACAUCAUCUUCGCAACUUCCAGUUGCGGUCACGUAUUCCACAACAACUGCCUGACCCGCUGGUUGUGUAGAUCCUCGACAUGCCCGCAGUGCAGAGGAGCGUGUUCCCGGAAUCGGGUACACAGAUUGUACCUGAACUUCUCUGAAGCUCCAGAGUACGAUGACAUAGAAGUGCCUAAGAUGCCUAUUGAGUGGUUGCUCAUGGAUUUGGACAGGAAUAGUUUACCGGACGCCCAUCUUCCGCCCGAGGGAGCGGUGCAGUGCGGCACCAACGAGGACGGGUUGCCCACUUAUGUGGCCCGAGGAUACUACUUAGAUGAUCUUUUACCCUGCAUGUAUGUGCCGGAAAAGAAGUCCGCCUUCGGUUCGUAUUCCUGUAGGGCCCACGUUUUGCAGGAUGACGUGGAGAUCUUGGUACUAAACGACUGUGACUACAAGUGGGUACCCGGGGAGCAUGGAACAUAUCCUCCAGAUGCCCUAAAGACCGGCUACUCCGAGACCAACGAGCCCACGUACACUGGUCGCGGUAUUUACGAGGGAAUACUGCGUUUGGGUAAGGUGCACCCAAGCCACAAGAGGAUGUACAUUCCGCAUCGUGGUCAGGAGGUCAACGUUGAGACCUAUGAAGUUCUUGUGGUCACUCCACGCGACCAAGCCGAGCGAUGAUGCUGCACAGCGGAAUCUCCUUAUGCCUUAUAAUUGUACGAUUCUGUGUUAUAUGUUUGUCUGUUAUAUUUAAGAAAAUAUUGUCUCAUAUUUACAUAUAUUCUAAACCUGCCAGGCAGCGGUUAUAAAAUUAUUAUUAUGUAAUAAUUGUGUAUUUUCCCAAAAAAUUUUAUAUUUUUAUUAUUGUAUGUACCAAAUACAGUGGAUUUAGUUUAAAGUCUUAUCACCUAAAUUGAUAACAAAUAAUUGAUCACUGAAAAAAAAAAAGAAUUCAUAUCAUGAAUUAUUCAUUUUUAUUCCAUAGCAAUUGAAAAUAUUAGGCCUCAAGUUUAAAGUAUUGAUCUUGCAUUAAUUAUUGCCAAGAUUUUUGCUUUUUCAUUAUGUUACAAAAUUAAGUACGAUAAAUGUUUUUAAAAACGUAUUACAUUUUUCAAACUA